GCACACGGGCUGUAAGACAAGAGCCUCCGUCCCUCCACAGACCACACCACCUCCUCCUUUCUUCCUCCCUCUCCGCGCCGCCACCCUCCUCCCUUCUUCAGCGGCGAGAACGAGAUGGCCGUCCUCCUCCGCGCCCGCUCCCACCUCCUCUCCGGCGCCAUCCGCCGCGGCUUGCUCGGGGAGCGCGGGCGCGGCGCGCGAAGGUUCUCGACGGGCCCAACCACCGUCAGCGAGGCUUCGGCCACCGGCCGCGGUGCGACGACCGGCGGGACCGCCGCAAACUCCAGCAGGGGUCCGACGAAGACGAACGGCGGCGGGCUAGCGAAUGGACGAGGGGCGGCGAACGGCGGGGGUGGAGCGAGCGGAGACGGUGCUCCGGCCAACGGCGGCGGAAGGACGGCGGCGAACUCCGGCGGGGGGCAAGCGACCGGAGGCGGGGCUCCAGCCAACGGAGGCGGCGGCGGCGCGGUCACCGGCUCUGGCAACGGCCAUGGUGGUGGAUGCGGCGGAGUGUCCCAGCUGCGUAAGGACGCUUUUGGGGCAACCCGCGGUAUAUGGGACGAGUACAACGUUCGCGCCGCCAAGGACCGCGAGAUCUUUCAGGAGAUCAGGGCCUUUAAGAAGGAAAUCGGUACCAACUAUGUUGAUACCAAAGUUCAUCUGGUCACGAGCACGCACCGCAUGGUGACGGCGGUCGGGAUGCUCAUGCUUGGGUGCGCUAUCGGCGUGGCUCCACGCAUCAAGCAGUCCGUCAUCGGUGCCACGGCCGUGGAGGUGGCAGAGGACCUCAAGGCCGACCAAGCCGCAGAAGGCAAGGCGGAGUGAUCUACAACAAGAAGAAGAAAAGGAAGAAGAAGAGGAUGCAUCUCUUUAAUUUGUGGCCUCACUGCCCUCGUGUCCAAGAGGCCUCUGUUUUUUCUUUUCCUCCAAAUACAUGUUUGCUUGCUCUAUUGCAUUCGAAUUCGUAGAAAUUCGUGGCUAGCAUAUGUGUGCUAUAAUGCCCCCCCUGGUAUCUUUCAUUUUCAAGCAUGAGCUACUCGAGUGCUAAACUAUGAUGGUCAAAUAUUGAUUUCUUAGGCAUUGCUUUUCUGUC